AUGUUGCGAAGACAGGCGCGUUUGCGCCGUGAGUAUUUGUACAGAAAGUCCGCUGAGGAAAAACAAAAAAGUAUACAAGCGAAAAAGGAUCAGUUAAAACGAUGCCUGGAAGAAAACAUUCCAAUACAUGGUGAUUUGAGAAAAGAAGCUAUCGCAUUACAGAAAAGAUUAGAGUUUGAAGAUAAAGGUCCUGAAAAGGCUGCUGUAAUUGGUGGUUUCAGUGGAGGAGCAAACACGUUAAAUUCUCAAGAUGAUGAAUAUAGGUAUGCUGGUGUGGAAGACCCUAAAAUAAUGAUCACAACUUCAAGAGAACCCAGUGCUAGAUUGAAGAUGUUUGUUAAAGAACUGAGGUUGAUAUUCCCAAACAGCCAGCGUAUGAACCGCGGUGGUUACGAGAUGUCGCAGCUGAUACACGCGUGCCGCGCGAACGACGUCACCGACUUUAUUGUGGUGCACGAGCAUAGAGGUGUGCCUGAUAGUCUCGUGAUAUGCCACCUGCCCUACGGUCCCACAGCCUCGUUCACCCUCUCCGGAGUGGUGAUGAGGCACGACAUACCCGACAUCGGCCCUAUGAGUGAACAGUACCCGCAUCUCAUAUUCCAUAACUUCAAAACUGAUUUGGGAUUAAGGACGAUGAGCAUACUGAAGUAUUUAUUCCCGGUGCCGAAGCCAGACUCCAAAAGGGUGAUCACGUUCGCUAAUCACGACGAUUAUGUAUGUUUUAGACAACAUACGUACAAGAAGGUGGGUAAAGACAUUGAGCUAUCGGAAGUGGGGCCUAGGUUCCAAAUGAAGCUCUACGAGAUAAAGCUAGGCACGCUAGAAGCCCUAGACGCGGCUGACACAGAAUGGGCGCUUCGCCCCUACAUGAAUACAGCGGCUAAGAGGCGUUUCCUCAGUGGCGAAGACGGGUGGCAACAGGAAUAGUGAAAUAAAUAA